CGAAAUGGCUACCAAAGUGUCAACUGGAUUAACAGGGCUGGCUGUUUCUCAACAUCCGCACAAGACACUGAAAGCUUUAUAUAACAGGAUCAUUGUCCUGCUGCAGAAGAUUCCACAGGAAUCUGCGUAUCGCAGACACACAGAGAAGAUCAUCAAUGAGCGACUAAAGAUGGUUGAGAAUGAAUCAGACACUGCGAAACUUGAGCGGAAGAUAAACUGUGGCCAGGUAGAAGAAGUUAUUAAACAGACAGAACGAGAACUGUAUCUUGUCCGUAAGUUGUUGGAAUGGAAACCAUGGGAACCUUUGGUUGGGCAGGCCCCAGCUAAUCAGUGGAAAUGGCCACUCGUGUGA